AAAAAUGGGCAGCUGUCUUGUGAUUCAAAUAAAAUUUGUAUAAGUGGAUGUAAAGCUGGUUAUUAUGGCGAGAAAUGCACAGAAAAGUGUCUUGAAAAUUGUAGAAACUGUGUUAAUGGUAAUGAAUGUACGGAGUGUCAACCUGGUUAUUAUACAAAUAAAUGUAAUUUACUGUGUGGGAAAGGUUGUGUUAACAAUACAUGCUUAGUUUCAUCAGGAGAAUGUUAUUGUAAAUCGGCUAAUUUUGUCAAAGGUAGAUGUGAUGUUUGUUUGGGAAAUAAGUAUGGUGAUGAAUGUAAUAAAACAUGUCCUAGUAACUGUGGCUCUUGUAUAACAGAAACAGAAUGUUCAUGGUGUCAACACACGUUUACUACGGAUCAUUUUGUCAGUAUAGAUGUUCUGUUGGUUGUGUCAAUGGCAGAUGUAAUAAAGGAAAUGGACACUGUACUGGAGGAUGCAAAUCUAAUUUUGUCGGAGAUAAAUGUGACAUGUGCUCGUCUGGAUUAUACGGACCCUUUUGUGAUUUGAAUUGCAAAGAAAAUUGUUCGGCAUGUUUUUCGGAAACAAAUUGUACAACAUGUAAAUCAGGCUUUUUUGGAGAAACAUGUACAAAUACCUGUCCGAUUGGUUGUAAAGGAAAUUGUUAUUUUGCUGAUGGACGCUGUCUUGAGUGUAAACCAGGUUUUUUCGGAGACUUUUGCAACAUUGCAUGCAACGAUGAGAAGUACGGUGUUGAUUGUUCUAAAUUAUGUCGUGAUAAAGAUGUGAAUUGCCAAAUGUGUAUCGUAAAUCAAUUUGGUGACUAUGUUUGUUGCACAAAAAAUGUAUCAGCAAUGAUAACGGACCGAGAAGGCUUUAGCGUGGGGACACUGAUAGGCUCUAUAAUUGGAUCAUUUCUCGCUGGUGGUAUUGUUACAGUGACAACUUUGUUUUCCUUCAUUACAUUAAGGCGAAGGUUAGGAAAAAAUGAAGAAACAGAAAACAAUUUAGUACCUGAUGUCACACAUGAAGUCGCCCCUCCUGUUGCAUAUGAAGAUUUUAAUUCACGUGUCGAGAUAUCAUACAGUCAGAUUACUACAAAUCAGCAGAUAUCACCACCAGAAGCUGUUUAUGUGAACACUAGAUUUUAAUUAACUUUGACAAGGAUGUUUGUGACAAAUUAAUCCUUUAGUAGUUUAAAUAAUUUGCUUUACUAUUGAAUAAUGUGGAUGUUUUCCGCAAGUGAAUUUGAAGAGAGUGUUUCUACACCAUAAAUAAAGAUGAACACCAAAUACGAUUUGUAUGCUGAAAGUGAUAUGAUACAGUUCGCAUGCACGUUUUUAUAUUGACAAUUCAACUUUGAACAUUUAAAGUUGGUUGCAAUUAGAAAGCAGUGUUUACACUGAUCGAUCAAAUCUGUAUUUUGAUAUUAUUUCAUUUGGUUAACAUUAUAAGUAUAUGUUUUUGUUUUACAAAAAAACAAUAAUUACCUAAACUUAAAAAAAAUAAAUAUAGUAUUAACAUAAUGACACAUAAAGGAAUAAACGCUAGCGGUAUCUUGA